CUCUCUCUCUCACUCAUUGUUUUUUCUUUUUGAAAGUUUCUCUCAUUCUUACAAUACACCAAAUUCUUGCUUCCAACAAAUUUCAAAUUCUUGCUUUCUUUUCUUCCUCUUUCCUCUUUUCUAUUCUCUCUCACGGUUUCUUUUCCUUUUAGAUUUUUUAUUCAGAUUUUGAAGGUUUGAUUCUGUGUUCCUCUUCAACUUUGAAGGUUCAGUUACCCCAACAGAUUUUAUUGCUUCCUCCAUUCAAGUGAUAGUUAAUUGAUUUUAAAAAGUUGCUUGAUACCGAGUUUGAAAAGGUCAAGGCUAGUUAAUCUUCAAGUCUACAGAAUCAUCCACUCAUACAUCAGUUCUGGCAAGCUGUCUGGGUAAACUUUAUCUUCAAGCACCACCGAACUGUGCUGCUGAGUUAGUGUAAGUGAGGAACUAUAUCGUCUGCAAAGUUGAACCAAAUAAAGAAAAAGACCCACAAAAUAUCACUGCAAACAGAGGUUUUUCAUGUUUGAACUUUGAAGACCAAAAGAACCAAAAAAUAUGCUUCUGCAAACUACAAUCUCAUCCCCACCUUUACACCACCACCAUGUCUGCUUCUCGGCUACCCUUCCUCAUUCUUACUCUUUCCUUUCAUCUGGGUCUCUCAGGUUCAGCCGCAAGAAGCUCUCUUUCCAGGUCAUUGUUCAGUGCUAUUGUGAACCAGCUUUGAAGAACUCAGGGACAGGCAAUGGAGUGAAUGACACUAGACUUCUCAAUCCACAGAUGUUUCAAAAGGGACUGGCAACUUAUAUGGCAUGCAGAGGAAGAUGCAGCUCACAUAUGAAAAAAUCCUUGAAAAACAAUCUGGCUGUGGGUGAUGACUCAAAUCUGAAGAAGCCAUUAGUUGUGGUGUCUGCUUUCCUCUUUGGUCAAGCCUUGUGGUUGAUUUCUGCACAACUAGCAAAUGCAAGUGAAAUUACCAGUGGAGAUGCAGUUUAUGAGGUUGGAGCAUUAUUUGAGUUAGGAAUCCAACUAUCUUAUCUGCUUUUACUGCUAGGUUUGCUUGGGGUUGGAACCUUCUUUGUGAUCCGUCAAGUCCUUGUACGUAGAGAACUUGACCUUUCUGCUAAAGAGUUACAGGAGCAAGUAAGAAGUGGAGAGGCAAGUGCAACUGAGCUUUUUGAGCUAGGUGCUGUUAUGUUGAGAAGAAAAUUUUACCCCGCUGCUACUAAAUAUUUGCUUCAGGCAAUUGAGAAAUGGGAUGGCGAUGAUCAAGAUCUUGCCCAGGUUUGCAAUGCGCUUGGGGUCAGUUAUGUCCGGGAUGGGAAGCUCGAGAAGGGAAUCAGUCAAUUUGAAACUGCUGUGAAGCUUCAACCAGGCUAUGUCACAGCCUGGAACAACCUUGGUGAUGCAUAUGAGAAGAAAAAAGACUAUAAGUCUGCACUCAAAGCAUUUGAAGAAGUGCUACUUUUUGAUCCCAAUAACAAGGUAGCACGCCCUAGGCGAGAUGCAUUAAAGGAUCGUGUACAAAUGUACAAAGGAGUUCCUGUGAAAUCAAAGGACAGAUGAUUUUGUCAAUUUGCUCAUGCUCCCACAUAUUUUAAUUCUGAAUUUUUGACAUGUGACUAAAAGGGUUGUUCUCUUUUGGGAAAGAGGAAAUCAGAUGAAUAUAAACGAUCGCUGCAUUAAGGAAUGCAAUCUGUUAGUCAUUAUUGAA